AACAAUGCCAGGGGCAGGCCUCCAGCAGGCCGCUGUUUUGUAUCAACUAUCGGUUUAGUAAAUUAGAAUAUUUGGCUUUUAGCAAAAUUUUAAGUAAUAGAAAAUAAUUGAACCAUGUACAAACACAAUGCAUGAUAUUAAUAUGAGUUUUCUUUAUUUAUACACCAUUGCAGUAUUGUUUUUAACUGUUAGUAUAAAUGGUAUCAAAACUGAUGAUAUACGGAACCAUUUGGGGACUCGGACUCCAUAUAGAUUUAAAUAUAACAAAGAUGAUUCCAAGAUAAAAUAUGGGAAUUGUAAAGAACAAAAAAUUUGGAUGUUAAUCCGACAUGGUUCCCGAUUACCAAGUGCAAAGGAUAUAAUAGGUGCACAAACUACACUACAAGAUUUAAAGUAUGAAGUGUUAUUGCAACAUAAUUCAGGAAAAGGUCAUUUAACCAGUGAACAGCUCAAAAAAUUAGAACAUUGGGCCAGUGACAUGCCUGUGGAACAGGAAAAAUAUUUGACCCUAGAGGGGCAAGAUGAGAUGAUAUUACUGGCUGAGAGGAUACAAAAGAAAUUCCCACAUAUUGUCAAACAUAAAUAUGAUAAUAACACAUUCCAGUUCAGGUACACAGCAACUCAGAGAACACAACAGAGUGCAAGAUAUUUUUCACUUGGAUUGUUUGAUAAGAAGAAUUCAGAGAAUGUUGUUUUUGAACCUGCUUUGAAAGUAGACACCACCUUGAGAUUUUACAAACAUUGUGAAAGGUGGCAAAAGCAAGUUAAGAAAAACCCUCAUAGUUACAAGGAGCAGAGAUUAUACGGCAAUAGUAAAGAAAUGAAUGAAACUUUGGAAUAUGUAUCUAAAUAUUUGGGUCUUGAUAGGUUGCUGAGUUUGGAUACAGUUACGUUGAUGUACAGAAUAUGUGGGUUUGAGACGGCUUGGCAUAAACAUGCUAUAUCGCCGUGGUGCUAUGCAUUCAAUAAUGAGGGCAUUAAGAGGCUGGAAUAUUUUUACGACUUGAAACAUUACUGGGUGGAUGGACAUGGCAAUGAAUUAACACAUCAGCCAGCAUGUAUGCUAAUGAAACAUAUGUUUCACAGUAUAAGCAACAAAGGGCGUAACGCAACAUUUUUAUUCGCCCACUCUGGCACAUUACUGAAGAUGUUGACUUACCUGCAGUUGUAUAAACCUGAAUCGCAUUUAAGAGGAGAUACAAUUAACAAUAAGAGGUCUUGGAGAGCAUCGAAUAUAGACUGCUUUGCAUCGAAUUUAGCUUUUGUUUUGUUUAAAUGCAAAGACGGAGAAAAAGUAUUAACAUUACACCAAGAAAAAAUUAUUAAGCUGCCCAUGUGUGAAAAUGAAUUGUGCCCAGUGAAAACGUUGAAAGAAUAUUAUCGUAAUUCGAUACAAAAUUGUAAUUUUGCGGACAUGUGUAGCGUUACGUAAUAUCUACGUAUAAAAUAUAAAUUUUACAUUAUUAUUUUAAAUAAUUCUAUUUUAUUACUAUUUUUAUAUGAAUAUAGACAUGAUGAUAUGAAUUAGUGACAGAAAUAAAUACCAGUACCGAAGCUUUAUAA